UGCCCUGCGGGGCCCAGCUGAGUGAGCAGCAUGCGGCACCCCCAGACCUGCCCUCUGUCUUCUGGCCCACGGCCCAGCCCCCCCAGGAGGCCCUGAUACCCUGGGGCACUUCUGCUCUGUGCAGGACCACGUGGGGGUUUGCCAUGGUGACAUAAAGGGGCGCAGAGGAAGGAAGGAGCGAGACCAGCCUGCAGACUGCGCCUCUGGCUGGGAGGGAGGGCUGGGGGCCCGGAUCUCCCACGCCUGCUGCCCAUCAAGGACCUCGCUUCUCAAGUCCCUGUGAAUCUGUUGCCCAGUGGACGACUCUCGUGCCUACCCACGUGCGGGGCCUCGGGGUGGCCGGGGCAGGCUGAGGUCCCCAGGGGCCAGGAUGCCUGCCCUGGCGUGCCUGAGGAGGCUGUGUCGUCACGUGUCCCCGCAGGCUGUGAUGUUCCUGCUGUUUGCCUUCUGCCUGUUCAGCGUCUUCGUCUCAGCCUACUAUCUGUACGGCUGGAAGCGGGGCCUGGAGCCCUCGGCCGAUGCGCCCGAGCCCGACUGCGGCGACCCACCGCCUGUGGCCCCCAGCCGCCUGCUGCCACUCAAGCCCGUGCAGGCGGCCGCCCCAUCACGCACAGACCCGUUGGUGCUGGUGUUUGUGGAAAGCCUCUACUCACAGCUGGGCCAGGAGGUGGUGGCCAUCCUGGAGUCCAGCCGCUUCAAGUACCGCACGGAGAUCGCGCCGGGUAAGGGGGACAUGCCCACGCUCACUGACAAGGGCCGCGGCCGCUUCGCCCUCAUUGUCUACGAGAACAUCCUCAAGUAUGUCAACCUGGACGCCUGGAACCGAGAGCUGCUGGACAAGUACUGCGUGGCCUACGGCGUGGGUAUCAUCGGCUUCUUCAAGGCCAAUGAGAACAGCCUGCUGAGUGCUCAGCUCAAGGGCUUCCCGCUGUUCCUGCACUCGAACCUGGGCCUGAAGGACUGCAGCAUCAACCCCAAGUCCCCACUGCUCUACGUGACGCGGCCCAGCGAGGUGGAGAAGGGUGUGCUGCCUGGCGAAGACUGGACUGUAUUCCAGUCCAACCACUCUACCUAUGAGCCGGUGCUGCUGGCCAAGACGCGUUCAUCCGAGUCCAUCCCACACCUGGGUGCUGAUGCUGGCCUGCAUGCAGCACUGCACGCCACUGUGGUCCAGGACCUGGGAUUGCAUGACGGCAUCCAGCGCGUGCUGUUUGGCAACAACCUCAACUUCUGGCUGCACAAGCUCGUGUUUGUGGAUGCUGUGGCCUUCCUCACAGGCAAGCGCCUCUCGCUGCCUUUGGACCGCUACAUCCUGGUGGACAUCGACGACAUCUUCGUGGGCAAAGAGGGCACACGCAUGAAGGUGGAGGAUGUAAAGGCCCUGUUUGAUACCCAGAACGAGCUACGCACACACAUCCCAAACUUCACCUUCAACCUGGGCUACUCAGGGAAAUUCUUCCACACAGGUACUGAUGCAGAGGACGCGGGGGACGACCUGCUGCUGUCAUAUGUUAAGGAGUUCUGGUGGUUCCCCCACAUGUGGAGCCACAUGCAGCCGCACCUCUUCCACAACCAGUCCGUGCUGGCCGAGCAGAUGGCCCUGAACAAGAAGUUCGCUGUCGAGCAUGGCAUUCCCACGGACAUGGGGUACGCAGUGGCACCCCACCACUCGGGUGUGUAUCCUGUACACGUGCAGCUGUAUGAGGCCUGGAAGCAGGUGUGGAGCAUCCGCGUGACCAGCACGGAGGAGUACCCCCACCUAAAACCCGCUCGCUACCGCCGCGGCUUCAUCCACAAUGGCAUCAUGGUCCUGCCGCGCCAGACCUGCGGCCUCUUCACACAUACCAUCUUCUACAACGAGUACCCCGGCGGCUCCAGUGAGCUGGACAAGAUCAUCAACGGCGGCGAGCUCUUCCUCACCGUACUCCUCAAUCCCAUUAGCAUCUUCAUGACACACCUGUCCAACUAUGGAAAUGACCGCCUGGGCCUGUACACCUUCAAGCACCUGGUGCGCUUCCUGCACUCCUGGACCAACCUGCGCCUGCAGACACUGCCCCCCGUGCAGCUGGCCCAGAAGUACUUCCAGAUCUUCUCCGAGGAGAAGGAUCCUCUCUGGCAGGACCCCUGUGAGGACAAGCGCCACAAAGACAUCUGGUCCAAGGAGAAGACGUGUGACCGCUUCCCCAAGCUGCUCAUCAUUGGCCCCCAGAAAACAGGCACCACAGCCCUCUAUCUGUUCCUGGGCAUGCACCCAGACCUGAGCAGCAACUACCCCAGCUCGGAGACCUUCGAGGAGAUCCAGUUUUUUAACGGCCACAACUAUCACAAAGGCAUUGACUGGUACAUGGAGUUCUUCCCUAUCCCCUCUAACACCACCUCCGACUUCUACUUUGAGAAGAGCGCCAACUACUUUGAUUCAGAAGUCGCACCCCGGCGGGCGGCCGCCCUGUUGCCGAAGGCCAAGAUCCUGACCAUCCUCAUCAACCCGGCGGACCGAGCCUACUCCUGGUACCAGCACCAGCGAGCGCACGACGAUGCCGUGGCUCUGAAGUACACCUUCCAUGAGGUGAUCACAGCUGGCCCUGACGCGUCCUCCAAGCUCCGCACGCUGCAGAGCCGCUGCCUGGGCCCCGGCUGGUACGCCGUGCACAUCGAGCGCUGGCUCAGCGCCUUCCAUGCCAACCAGAUUCUGGUCCUGGACGGAAAACUGCUGCGAACAGAACCUGCCAAGGUGAUGGACACGGUGCAGAAGUUCCUUGGGGUGACCAACACCAUCGACUACCACAAAACCUUGGCGUUUGAUCCAAAGAAAGGAUUUUGGUGUCAGCUGCUUGAAGGAGGAAAAACCAAGUGUCUGGGCAAAAGUAAGGGCCGGAAAUACCCAGAGAUGGACUUGGAUUCCCGCGCCUUCCUGAAGGACUAUUACCGGGACCACAACAUCGAGCUCUCCAAGCUGCUGUACAAGAUGGGCCAGACACUGCCCACCUGGCUGCGGGAGGACCUCCAGAACACCAGGUAGCCACGGCCACCGCAGCCAGAUCGCACCUUCGAGACGACGGCAGGGACGCCCACGGCGCGCUGGGCCACACUACCUGCAGAGUGGGGAGCCGGGCCUGGGCCGGCCAAGCACUUAACAAGCAAUACGCUGUGAGGCCCACGUGGGGCCAAGAGAAGGGGCCCAGGCAGGUGCACACACACCUCAGAGGAGCGGCCCCUGCUGGCUCUGCGGCCCCUUGGACCUCCCUAGCACCAGGGGCCCAUUCCAUUCCCAGCCUCUUGUGGGGGAGGCCUUUUCCUGUUGGCGGGAGGGAGUCUGUGCGACCCUCCCCUCUGUCCCUCACUGUGUUCUGCCACCCGACCGGACCUUCCCGCCCUGCCCCAGCAGGGCACCCACCCCCUCAGUAUUAGCUGCCACCUUCUCCCUUGUCCUCCAAACAGCAAGGGACAAAAAUCUAGCUAGGCCUUUUGCCAAACCAGGGAGAGAGACUGGACAUAUCCCUGAAGGGUUUCUAGCCAGGCCGGCCGAAAGGGGUCAGCUGGCUAGCCGGAGCCUGCCCCGAGGCCAGGGGUCGGCAUGGCCACCUGGCGAGAACUCAACCCCACGUCCGGGUUCCUCCUAUAACAUCUCACCUUCCCUUUUUGGGGAAAGACUUUGGUUCCUGCAGUGUUCUCCUGGUCCUCAGCCCCUCCUGCAGGUACCCGGGGCUGCAGAACCACCCCCUUCUCCCCACCCUGGGGUCUGACAUGCGUGGUGUUUCCUGUGGUUAAAGACUGGGGUGGUUCCAGCAUCCAUGCAUUGUCCCCACACCUACC